CAUCGCAUGGAGGUGCAAAAACAACAGCAAGAGGAAGAGGUGAAAGCACUCCAGAUAUCGCAACGGGGUGAUGCUCUUGUUGAUGCUGUGCGGCAGUAUGAGCAUGUGCUAGUGGCAUUUGAAGAGGAAGUUAUGUUCCGUCGUGGCUCGUUCUCUGCUGCUUCUUAUAUGCUUGGUGAAAUUGAUCGCUUUUCCAAUGCGUUGCUGCGCCGUUCUGAGGCAAAUCUGCAGGAGCUUACCAGACUGCAGAUAAUGGCAACCGAGAAUAAAGAGAGUGAGCUGCGGACGGCCCAUGAGUCUGCUGUAGCGAGACUUAUGCAGAUAGUGUAUGCUAGUCAAGAGCAGUCGGAGGCAAUGUGCCGCCGGCUUUUACAGCAGUUGGAGUGUGAGGCUCGUGCGGUGUGUGAGGCCCACAUACGACGACAGGAACAAGGAUGGCAGAAGUCUGAAAUGCACAGACGUAUAGAAUCACUGAUAGAGACUUUGCAAAGGGAUAAGGCCCGACACGUGGAGGAGAAAAAACGUCUGGAAGAGGAAUUAUGUGUGCUGCGGUGUAGUGUGCAGGAGCAACAGCAGCAGCGGGAGUUGGCGGAGAAGGAUGCACAGCAGCGUGUAGAUGAUGUACGGUGUGAACUGCGCCGUGUGGAGUGUGAAUUGAUCGAAGCAGAGCGACGCCACACGUUGGAGUGUGCCGCACUGCGUACCUCGCUUGAAGAAGAGUGUGCAGUUCACACUGGAACAACAACAACAAAAGCAACGAUGACCGAAAGAGAGGAGUCUAUAGGAGAACACCACAAAUGCUACACAGCUGACUUUGAAGUGUUAUUAAAGCAGAUGGAACAGUUUGUGGGGGUUCUUUUCUCUCUUGCAUGUGAUACGGUCUAUGCAAAGAUUAGCGAUUUACCAAUGGGACUGUUAUUGUUAGAAACUGGCGUAGAACUGAAACCAGGGGAAGCAGUUUCUGAGACAUUCUCUAUACCUCCUCCUUUUUCACGUGAACUGGAGAAGCAGCAGCAGCAGCAGCAGCAGCAAGAGAGAGAUGAGAUGCAUGAGCGCAUUAGGUCACUAAUGGAUAUGCUGCAGCGUGAGAGAACUAAACAUGAGGAAGAGAAAAAUUAUCUCGAGAAGGAAUUACGUAUGCUGCGACACUGUGUGCAGGAUCAGCAGGAGGAACAAGAGAGUCACCACAACCUUCAUCAUCAUCAUCAUCAUCAUCAGGAACAGCAACAGAAUAAAAAGAAAAAGCAAAAGCAUAAUCAGCAGCAGCAGCAGAAGGAUUCACAUGACUUUCGGCGUGAUGAAUCGCAUGCAGAUAUUCAAAGAUCACAGGGAGUUGAUUUUCGCACACCUCCACGCCGUUCGGUCUCAACUGGUGAUGUGACACAGUCAAUGGUGCGUUUCUCGAAGAUGUUGAACGAGCAACGCUGCAAGAAUGAUACUCGGCUGCAAAAUCUUGAUACCCUCAUGGCAGAAGUAGAUGAUCUUAUUGAACGUGGUCGCAUUGUGACGCGACUGGAGAGAAGUUCAAGUCUAAAACGGGAAUCCUCUAAUGCUAUGCGUUAG